UCCCAAUGGCAGCUCCAUGUCUUGGGUUUUUGGCUCUUCAGCGAUAUAUCCUACUUCUCAGCAAAAAUUCCCCCUUGAUCUUAGUCUUCUUUAUUAUCUGGAAGAUCCUGAAAACAUUCACGGUGUGGCAGGUGACUUCCGAGUGGCUCCAAAGAAGCUUGAGAUACCUCCUGAACCCCCGUAAAUGGUUCUCCAAGGCAGAAUCGGUUCAGCAGAAAAGUGAGACCAGCCCAAAGGAAACUAAAACCAUCGGAAAAGGGACUACAGAAGAGGCUGCCCAUCGGACGCCCUACCAGCGUCUUCGUCAACUGCUCUGCAAAGAAGUAGCCUGCCAGGUGUGCAGGCGGGUAGCUCAGGAGGCCUGGCAGCUGAUUUAUUGGCAGCGCGCAGAUGGCGGUCGCUACCCCAAGCUCAGACUCUUGCUUUCCCCUUGGCCCUGCCAGGAAUCUAAAGUCUCCACCGUCACCUCAGUCGAGGAAGAACAGGAGUCCUGCCUCUGGACCUCCAGUGUGACUUCGGUCUGCGUGGGACCCGUUUGUUUUGGCCCAGAGGGCACGGCGUCCACCGAUACAACCAGCCAGCAUGUGGCAAGUGUCCCCAUGGGGCAGAAGGCCUCGAAACCUACCCCCCAGGACCGAAAGACACGGGACAGUUUCUCUGAGGAACUGGGUGUUUAUAUGGAGGACUUCUCAAGCUGGUCCUCCAGCACUUAUGAGACCUCAUCCGUCAGUACCUGGACGGACUCUUCUGGCCACUCCACCAUCAUCUUCAGCAGGUUGAAGAGCCGUCGGUCUCGUAAACACCACAAAAGUUUCCUUCAGAAGCAGAAGAGCAGCAGAGGCUCACCCAAGCGAGCGUCUCCUGAGGCCGCCAAGGUAGAGGAGAUGUACUUUACGCCUGUGCCCGUCUCCUUCAUGAAAGAAGCCAUGAUUCAGAGCUUAGAGUCUCACUGGGUAGCAAAGAGGCUCCAGCAUCUUCUGGGGAUGUCCUGGGUCCUUCUCAGGUCCCUCAGGAGCUUCAUGCCCUCUGCUCCAGUUUCCUCCUCGGGGAGGCCCCUGGGGGUCACGGUUGUGGUGAGAAGGCCUCGGGUCCUCGCCUUUGUAGCUGCCAAGACCAAAAAGAAGCUGGAGCUUCACCUGAAGAAGAGAGUCCAUCUGAAGCAUUGGCAGCUGCCCAGGAGGGUCCAAGAAGCUCUCAGACACAUGAAGCCUCCUCCUUCUCUGCCCAAGAGUGAAACUUCCCUAGUGCAAAAACUGGGCAGGAAGGCCAAAAGGUCAGCGGUCACAGGUCCACCGUUGCUCCAGAGAUCGUUGGAUGUCAUCCAGAUGAAGGUGAAACUUCACCUGGCUAAGAAGUGUGUUGAAAUACAAGCGGAGGCGUUUCCAGAGGUGGCCCUCCGCUCCUGGAGGUGCUCAGUCUGGUUGGCCAAGCAGUCUCUGCCCAAGCUGGUAUCUCACGCGGACAAACCCUCGCAAGCUCGCUUGGUCUCCCUCCCCUUCGUGCUCCCUCAGGAUGCUAAGAAAAUGGAGUUGGCUGUGCAGAGAUGGCGCCUGAGUUCCUGUUGGGACCUGGGAAAGCGGUACAUAGAGUCCCUGGUUACAAUGGCCCCUCCUCCAGCUUCCUCCAAGCCCCUCCCAGGCAGGAGGACAGCUUCCGAAUUCUCAGGGGCACAGACUCCAUUUCUCCAGCAGCGGGGGCGAGAAACCUUGGAAGCCCAUGUGAGAAAAAAGAGACUGCAGCAUGAGUGGGGCCUCCCCAGUGUGAUCAGGAGAUCCCUGAAGGCUUUCCUGCCAAGCGUGGUCCCACGGGGUUCCAUCCUGCAGAAGACCAGGAACCGCCUUGAAACUCUGCCACGGAAACUUGGCUUUCUUCCUGAGGACACCUGCAUUCUCCUGGAGUUCCACCUUCAGAGGAUGAAGCUCCAGCAAAGGUGGGGCUUGCCUAGAAGAGUCCUUGAGACCUACCAACGGCUGUUUCCAGAAGUUCCUUCUAAGGAGAAGAGAGUGGCAGUAAAGCCCUUUUCUCAGCAGCCCAGACUGGGGAUAAGACCACUGCCAGGACGUCCCAAGCAGGAAGAGGAGAAGGCUAGGAAAAUUCAGGGCCUUGAAUUAUGUCCAGUUCACCCACUCCUCAUGUUAAAAACGAAAGUCUUGAAGAAACUGCAGGUCCACCUGACUAAGAAACAUUUGGAGGUGUGCUUGCAAAGCUUUCCCGCUGCCCCACGAAUUUCCUGGAGAUCUUCUCGAUGGUCUCAAAAGAGACCUCUCCCCAAGCUCAUCCUUCCGGGUCUGAAGACCCCCCAGAUCCGCGUCUCCUGCUCCUCCUGUGACUUGGCAGCCAUGGGUCGGAUCGAAUCGGCAUUGCAACGGGGCCGCCUCUCCUCUCUCUGGGGGCUCAGCCUCAAGUACAUGGAAGCUGUUACUGAGAUGGCCACCGUCGUCCAACAGGAUGCAGAGAGGCCACGUCCACCUGACGGGACCAAGGAAUUUAGCUUUCGGUUUGCAGAAGGGAAGACCCCGUUCUUCCAGCCGUCGGCCAGGGAGGUCCUAGAGAUGCACCUUAGGAAGAAAAGGAUCCAGCACCAGUGGGGUCUUCCUUCUCUGGCCCAGAGAUCCUUGCAGAGCUUCAUUGGCCACAUGUCCCCAUUGCGCCCUCCGAAGGCUGUCACUCACGCCUCCAUCCUCCCUCGAGAGCUAUUUUUCCUUCCUCGGAAAGUCACCAACUUCCUAGAGUUUCACCUUCAGAGGAUGAAGCUCCAGCAAAGGUGGGGCAUGCCCAGAAGAGUCCUUGAAUCCUGCAGACGCCUGUUCCCGGGGCUUUUCUACAAGGAGAAGACCACGCAGUUGGUGAAACAGUAUUCUCGGAAGCUCAGUCUGGGGAUAAAAACACGGCCAGGGGGCCUUGUAAAACCUCGACUGGACAUUCGAAAGACGCGAGCAGUCGGAUUACGUCCAGCUCAGUCACUUUGCAGGUUAAGCCUUCAGGCCUUGAAGAAGCUGGAGGUCCACCUGACUAAGAAACAUUUGGAGGUGUGCUUGGAAACCUUUCCUGCUGUCCCCCGUUUCUCUUGGCGAUGUGUCUGGUUGUCUACAAGCAAGUCCCUUCCUAAGAUGAUCCUUGCUGGUCUCAAGACCCCCCAGACUCGUAGGUCCUGCCUCUCCUUUGACUUGGAAGCCAUGGGACGGAUUGAAGUAGCUUUGCAGCGAGGUCGCUUGGUGUCCCUCUGGGGCCUGGGUCUGAAGUACGUGGAGACAUUGGCAGCUAUGUGUCCUGGAGGACCUUCAGCCAAGUUCAAAGAGGUCCCCUUUGAGUUCUUAGAAGUAAAAUCCCCCUUUUUCAAAAAUGCGGUCAAAGAAAACUUAGAAAUGCAUGUUAGGAAGAAGAGACUACAGCACGAGUGGGGCUAUUCUACCCUGGUCCAGAGGUCCCUUAGAAGCUUAAUUGGAGAAGCACCCCAACGGCACCGUGGUCUUCUGAAGGCCCUAACUCAGACUUCCUCGCUUCAUCUAGAGUUGCGUUUCCUUUCUGAGCCGGUCAAACAAAACCUAGAGCUCCACAUUCAACGGAUGAAACUGCAGCGAAGGUGGGGCAUCCCCCAGAAAGUCCAUCGGUCAGUAAAGCUUUUUCAAUCACUAGUUCCGGAGGAGAAACCUCAAGCCAAGUUUGGCCUUGGAGAAACUCAAAAAGUUCUCCUCCCAAAGAACGAGGGAUGUCUGGAAGAACUCCUUAGAUAUACUCUGGAGACCCAUCUCAAGAAAAAAUCCCUGGAGAUUAAAUUCCAGUUAAUAGGAUAUGGCCCCAUCAAGCGUGCUUUUCUUCCUAAAUGGUCUUCUGUGUCCUCGGAAAUCAAACCCAGAACCUCUUGCUUGUACUUUGUGGAGCAGGACAUUGUGGAAAAGAUUAACUUGAACAUUAAACGCAAGCAUUUAAUGCAUCUUUGGGGCCUUCCCAGUAUCUACACUAAAUCCUUGAACAAGAUGUUUGGCAACGUUAUUGCAGGAAGUCCGCCGCUAGAGAUGUCCAAGCUUAGGAGGUGGACUCUGGAGAAGAACAUUGGCCGGGAGAGUCAAGCAGCCGAUGCAAUGGAUUCCAGAACAAAAGAACUGAGAUUCUCAAGGAAAGGUCCAUGUUUUGUCCAAAUUGAGAUUUUGGACCUUCUGGAGACGCACGUCCGGCGCAAGAAGCUACAGCAUGAAUGGGGCUUACCAUCCAUGGUUCAAAAAUCUCUUCAGGCCUUCGCUGCACUCUCUUUAAAACCAGAACGGCUCUUGGAGGGGCUUGGCAUUGCCACCUCCAGAUCGUCGGGUGCAUUAAAAGUGACAAUUAAAAUAACCAAGAACUUGUUUUUCUUGGAUGUUGCGAUGCAAAAGCUGCUGGAGGCUCACAUGAAGACCCGAACUGCAACCCAUCGAUGGGGUCUUCCCAAACGUGUCCAGGAAUCAUUGAAAAUGUUUCUGCCCCCUGCUGCUUCUUCCCAAGUUGAGGGCGACCAGGGUCAAGCCGAAACCCCACGGCACGCCUACAACCGGCUCUUCCAGACUGCCGCAAAGCAACAGCACAAAGCAGAAAACAUACAUUGUGUAACCUCAGUCAAGAGGGCUCUCCCCAAAGCUGACCUUCUAGGAGAAACGUCUCGAGAAAAAAUUUCGAGGUCUGGAAGAGAGACUCAGAAGAGGACACCUGGCAAAGAGACCACCCUGAUGUUUGUUAAAGAGGAAGACUUGGAAUUUAUGGAAUUACACGUACGGCACAAAAGGAUUCAGCACGAGUGGGGAUUACCAACUCUUGUGCAGAAAUCUCUGCAGGCUUUUGCACCAGUCCCACCUGAGCUUCGGGAAAGAUCCUUGACAGGUCUGGCUCUGGAGAGUUUGGAAGAUGGAAGAACCCAUCGUGAAUGUCAUUUGGGAUUCCACCUGCAAGAGGGAGUUAAUGCAUCCUGUUCCAGAAGAGAAGGACCACCAUGGUGGACCUCAUCCUGGAAAGAAGCCACCAUCAAGCCUAUGAAGAACAUCCACCAGAGGAAACCAGAUGCAAGACCUAGUUCCAGCUUUCUGGCAGCUGCCAUCAGUUCCCCCGAGGUGAAGCUGCUUUCCUACGUCCAUACGUCCUGGGAUCUUCUGGAGUUUCACAUCAUCCACAAGAAGAUCCAGCAUGCGUGGGGACUGCCAUCUGCCAUCUUGAAAUCUCUGGGCAUUUUUGCUCCAUUUCCACUCGACCUACAGAAACAUACCAGAAGGAGAGCUCAGAGGAGUCCAGAAGACAAGGCAGAUGUGAAAACGAAGGCCCAGCAGCUUUGGUUUCUCAACACAAGUACACAGCAACAUCUGGAGACCAGCGUGAGAACCAUGGUCACAAAGCAUAGGUGGGAGAUUCCAAAACGGAUUCAACAUCUGUUUCAUCCAUUCCUCCCUCCUCGGCCCUCUUCCCAGGUUUCAGCACAGCCUCUCUGGUCUCACAGGUAUAGACGGCCUCAAGACACAUCACUUGCUCCCCAAAUUUCAGCACCAUUGCAAAAGGCAAAGCACCAUUUGGGGGCAACGGAGAUAACCCAAAGAGCAUUACAGGUUAAGACUACUGAAACAAUGAGGUUCUUAUGUCCCAAAACGAUGCUCUCUUUCCUCCCUGUUGAGGAGAGGGACCUUCUGGAAUUUCACAUCCGACAAAAGAAAAUCCAGCACAUGUGGGGCCUACCAUCGAUGGUGCUUAGAUCUUUCCAUGUCUUUGCCCCGAAUCUUCUUCAACCAGAGAGGACUAGUGGGAAGACCACAUCUAGGAAACCCAGAAGGGGGACAAGAGAUGUGCAGAUCCUUACUCAAGACCUCGAUUUCCUCAGCAUUAAGGUGAAGGAACGCUUGGAGGCCCACCUGAGACAUCGUACGUCAAAGCACAAAUGGGGCCUUCCAGAAAGAGUCCGGCGAUCUCUGAGGGCCUUCCUGCCACCCAGAUCUCCUUCUCAUCCUGGGAUGAUUGGAUCCCAGCAUCUCUUGCCUUUACGACCCAAAUCCUUACAGACAACUGAAGACAUCUAUGAACCGGUGAUGUUUAUGCCCGAGCCCAAGCAGAAGAGUUUAGAAAAGCCCAGGAGCAAAGUUGGCAAGAAACAAAGAAGGUCUAGACAAACUAAAACCCAGACUUGUUUUGGUACCAAAAUGGUGCUCUCUUUCCUUUCAGAAAGCAGCCGGAACCUUCUGGAAUUCCACAUCCAACGAAAGAAAAUCCAGCACGCGUGGGGCCUACCAUCGAUGGUGCUUAGAUCUCUCCAUGUCUUUGCCCCAUAUCUUCUUCAGCCAGAGAGGACUAGUGGGAAGACCAUGUCGAAGAAGCCCAGGAGGGACAAAAUAGAUGUGCAAAUCCUUACUCAAGACCUCAUUUUCCUCAGCAUUGAGGUGAAGGAACGCUUGGAGGCCCACCUGAGACAUCGUACGUCAGAGCACAGAUGGGGCCUUCCAGAAAGGGUUCAGCGAUCUCUCAGGGCCUUCCUGCCACUCAGAACUCCUCAUCCUGGGAUGACUGGAUUCCACCCUCUUUUGUCUUUACCACCCAAAUCCUUACAGACAACUGAAGAUGUCUAUGAACCGGUGAUGUUUAAGCCAGAACCCAAGCAGAAGACUUUAGUAAAGCGUAGUGUUGGCGAUAAGAGACAGGGAGCAAUAGGCAGGUCUCAGCAAACUAAAGGCCAGAGUUGCUCUGGGACCAAAUCGGGACUCUCUUUCCUCCCAGAGGGCAGCCAGAACCUUCUGGAAUUCCACAUCCAGUGGAAGAGAAUCCAGCAUGCGUGGGGUUUGCCGUCAGCGGUGCUACAAUCGUUGCAAGCUUUUGCUCCACAUCUCUUUAAAGCUGAGAAGUGCAUUACAGGGACGAUGGCCAAGGUUCCCCCAUGUGAUGGAGGAGAAGUACAAAUCCUUCGUCAAGACCUCAAUUUCCUUAGCGUUGAGGAAAAGGAACGCUUGGAGGCCCACCUGAGACAUCUUACGUCGGAGCAUCGAUGGGGACUUCCCGAAAGGGUUCAGAGAUCUCUGAGGGCCUUCCUGCCCCCCAGAUCUCCUCCUUGCUCUGAGAUGACUGGAUCCCUGCCUCUCUCGCCAUAUCCACCCACAGCCACCUAUGUGCAGCCUUCGUGGACUUCCAAGGGGACAGAAGAUACUCAGAUCCUGCCACCUUCCUCUCCUUCUUCAUACAUCGCCAGGGAUUACAUGCCCAAUGUUGGUAAGCUUGAAAGAAGAGUCAGCUUCCAAAAAGUGAAGUUUGCAAAUGGAAGAACCACGCCAAGGGUGAAGAACAUGACGCCUCUUCCAGGUUUUAAGGCAAAGAUGGUCAGCUGGCAGAAGGAAGACGGUUCUCAGAGGACAACCGAACAGAGAGGCACUCUAGAAGGGCUGACUCCUCCUUCAGCUGCUAGCAGGGAACUGAAAAGGUCUCCUAAGAUACCCAGCUAUCUCUCCUGCCAUUCAUCAGCUUCCAAGGAAACCUCCAUCUCCUCGUCAAACUCUGACAGACAACCAAAAUGGUCAGAGAAAAAGAAGAAGAAAAAGAAGGAAGUCCACUGGAAGAGAGGGGAAGCUCUGGUAGUUGAUUCCUCUCUACUGGCAGAAGACAAUGAAGCCCAGGAUUCCCCUUGGUCCUCAGGAGACGACAUGGAGGAAUCAGAAGAGUCCUCAGGAGACGACAUGAGCCAUUCUUCUCUCCAAGAGCCAGAAGCUGCCAAGAUGUAUUGCAGGCCUUGGGAGGUUCGACCAUAUCGUGCUCCCACCUCUCAACUAGUCUCAUAUUUCUUCCCACACUAUGUUCAUGUUCCCAAUUCUUCCUACGAGGAUGUUGUAGCCAGAUGUUACAGGCAGGUCAGGAGGGAGCGUCAUGCAACACAGAGCAGCAGGCUACAAAGGAGAGGAAGGAGGCUUACGUGGAGAGAGUUCCUUGGCCACUCUCUGGGAGAAGCAACCUGGUGCCAAGCCUUUUUUAGAACCCAAAUGCUGGAACACUGGUCUUCUGAAUGCGAGAGGUUCCUCUGCCUGCAGUAUCCUUCAUCCUCUAGACAAAACAGGUUGUCCACAGAAGACCAUGGUGUUCAACCGGAGAGUAGAAAGGGCCCCCUUCAAAAGCAAGACUCCGUAAGGACAGAUGUUGAACUUCAGGUCCAUCAUGAAAGUUGUAGCUUGACCCUGAAGGCAGAUAGUAAAGAAGAGGGAAGGACGGAAAGUGUCACCUUUUCCAUCACUAAGGAGCGGAGCCUUUUGUCCCUGGAGACCAGAUCCCAAGGCAGCCCAGAAGAUAAAGACGUGAGGGUCGAUGAUUGGGAUCAGGGAAGAAGGUUGGAGGUGAAAUGGGAAGACCAGAACAAGGGGGCAGAAGAGUCCCUCAGAGAAGAGAUGGACAGCUGGAGAUUGGCUACUUCCUCAGCAGUGAGACACCCCCCAAAUUUAGCUGAGGACGCGGCCCUUUCCUUGGUGGCCCCCUCAGAAGAACCAAGUGAUCUGGUCUACAGCACAGUGGCAGAAGCAGUGAUGGGAUCAACUGAAGAUCAUGGCAUCCUAAAGCCAGGUAAGAUUCCAGAACGUAAGGAUGUGGUCCUCUGGCUGAAAAGGCAGACUCCAGUAGACCUCACGCAAGCAGAAGCUAUGGGGCAGGACAGUGGGGUGCAACGUCCUCUCCCUAGAGGGAUGAGGCCUAUCAGCUGUUCACCUGGAAGGCCCCCAGAAGCCAGGAAGAAGAAGCAGGUGAAGGUCAGCUGGUCUACCAAGGAAACACGCCAAGAAUGUCGUGUCAUCAGAAGGCUGGUCUUUGACCCGAAGCUCAGCCAGGCUUUGGAGGUUCCUAGACAAGGGGUCCACAAGACACCCCAGGAACAGAGGCCUCCAGAUAGUGAGAAGAUGACCAUUUUGGGUAACAUCCUGGAGAAAAAAUUGAACUUGCAACAGGGACUGUUCAUUUGGAGACAGAGCCCGAGACCGAAUGAAAAAGAAGGAAGGGGCCGAAAGAGAGAUAAAAGAGAAAGAGGCGGAGGAGGACAGGCAGGGAGACUACCGCAACCAUCAUCCACUUCCAUGGACAAGCAGAGUUCCGUCCUCAGCACCAUCCUGCAGGGGAAGCUCCAUCUCUGCAGGGACAUCCUGAAAGGAAAGCUCUGUUUCUGGAAGAAAAGCCAGGAAAAGCCAGGGGGGCUUUCCAAAACCAGGAGAACUGGGAAAUCUGGUGGGGCAAGUGGAAAAAAAUCGGGGGGCGGCUAAGUAGGAGAGCUCUAUUCUGCAGUACCUUUUCACCAAUAAAUCUUCAUUUUUGGCA